UAGAUUUUGAGGGAUGCACAAAUUGUAUCUGAACGGAUGAAUCACCGUGGUGCAUGUGCAUGCGAUAAUGAUACUGGUGAUGGAGCAGGAGUAAAGACGUCAAUUCCGCACAAUUUGUACUCUAAGGAACUGAUGUUCGGAGGUGUGAGAUUGCCCGCAGCUGGAAAAUAUGCAACGGGAAUUAUAUAUUGUGAUGAAAAAACGAGUUCUGAAGUCGAAGUCGAAUUUGCUCAACUAGCACUUGAAUUAAACUUAAAAGUAAUUGCGUGGCGAACUGUUCCAACAAAUAAAGAUGCUAUUGGUGUGGUCGCACGGAAAUCUGAACCACUUUCCCGUCAAGUUUUUAUUGAAUGUCCUUCAGAUCUCGACCAAAAGAUUUUUGACCGUCAAAUAUAUGUCUUACGUAAGCGCUCCAGUCAUGAGUUAAUUAAAGAAGGACGACGUUUUUACAUUUGUUCAUUAUGCUCGAAGACGAUAGUUUAUAAAGGAUUGUUCACAUCUGACCAACUAUGGGGGUAUUAUACCGAUCUUAAAAACCCUGAUUUCGAAACAUAUUUGGCUUUGGUCCAUACGCGUUUUUCAACAAAUACUUUCCCGUCUUGGGAACGUGCACAUCCAUUACGGGUAAUAGCGCACAAUGGAGAAAUAAAUACCUUACGCGGAAAUGUUAAUUUGAUGAAAGCCCGUGAGGGCGUUAUGCAGAGUGAAAUAUUUGGAGAUCAGUUAACAAAAUUAUAUCCAGUUGUAGAGCCAAAUUUAUCAGAUUCCGGCUCAUUCGAUUGCGUUCUUGAGUUUCUUACAAUGGCUAGUGAACGUUCAUUGCCAGAAGCUGUUAUGACUAUGGUUCCCGAAGCGUGGCAAAAUGAUAAAACUAUGCCGCAAGAAAAACGUGACUUCUAUCAAUGGGCGUCAUGUGUAAUGGAGCCCUGGGAUGGACCGGCUUUAAUUUCAUUUACAGAUGGACGUUAUAUUGGCGCAGUUUUGGACCGUAACGGAUUGCGUCCAUCUCGAUUUUAUGUGACACGUGAAAAUAUCCUUGUAAUGGCUUCUGAAGUUGGCGUUUAUGAUAUUGAUGCAUCGCAAAUAGUAUUAAAGAGCCGUUUGAAACCUGGCCGAAUGCUUUUAGUGGACACUAAAGAGAAAAAAUUCAUUCAGGAUGUGGAGAUAAAAACUCACAUAGCUAGAUCCCGCCCGCAUUCGGAGUGGUUACAACAAAAGAUAACAAUCGACGAAAUACGUAAUGCUAAUUUUGCCACAGCUAGCGAUGAAUUGAAAUCAACAAACUUGUUAAGGAAUUAUCCGUUCGACCCCAGGCUCCUACUCUUCGGAUACACAACAGAAACGAUUAACAUGCUUCUUGUGCCCAUGUUCAAUGACAAAAAAGAAGCUCUUGGUUCAAUGGGAAACGAUGCUCCACUUGCCUGUUUAUCUGCUUUUCAACCGCUACUUUACGAUUACUUCAAACAAUUAUUUGCUCAAGUUACUAAUCCACCCAUCGAUCCAUUUCGUGAAAAGGUUGUAAUGUCAAUGCAAAGCCCUAUAGGGCCAGAAGCGAAUUUACUCCAACCAUCUGUUAAACAAGUACAUCGCAUUUGGUUACAAAAUCCGAUUCUAAGUAUUCCUGACACAAAUGUAUUGAAGAGUAACAUCCACAGGGGAUGGAAAACAAAGGUUUUGGAUUUAACUUAUGAGUUUGAAAAAGGAGUUAGGGGCUACGUGGAUUGCAUUGACGAUAUUUGCCGCCAAGGUUUCGAUGCCGCUUCUUCUGGUUAUCAAUUGUUAGUUAUUUCGGAUAGAAACGCUGGUCGUGGAAGAGUCCCUGUAUCGGCAUUGGCUGCAUUAGGCGCUUUACAUCAUUUCUUAAUAGAAACUCUUCAACGGAUGAAGGUUGGAAUUAUAGUAGAAACAGCUGAGGCUCGUGAAGUCCACCACAUUUGUGUAUUGCUUGGCUACGGUGCAGAUGCAAUUUGCCCUUACUUGGCUUUUGAAUUAGCACAAGCGCUUCGGGAUGAUUGUGUCAUUAAUUCCGAUGUUAAUAAUAAGCAAAUUUAUAAUGCUUAUGCCAAAGCUAUCGAAAUGGGUGUAGCAAAGGUUAUGGCUAAAAUGGGCAUAAGUACUCUACAGUCUUAUAAGAGUGCUCAAAUUUUUGAAGCUGUUGGAAUAGGUGAAGAAUUAAUUAGUAAGUGCUUUCGUGGAACGGCGAGUCGGAUUGGAGGUAUUACUUUGGAAACAGUUGCAAAAGAAGCUAUAGAACGGUACAACAUGGCAUUUGGCGAUAGAUUAUUUGACACUCGAAUUUUGCGAAAUCCUGGUAAUUAUCAUUGGCGUAAUGGAGGGGAAGCUCAUAUAAAUGAGCCUGCUGCUAUUGCAAGUUUACAAGAAGCUACGUUAAAUAAAAACUGGAACUCAUUUGAAGCGUUUAAAUCGACAACAUUAGACAGUGUAAGGAAGUGUACACUCAGAGGGCAACUCGAGCUCGUUACCGAUCAAAAUAAAGUAGAUAUAUCGGAAGUGGAGCCAGCAUCAGAAAUUGUUAAAAGAUUUGUUACGGGGGCCAUGAGUUUUGGUAGUAUUUCUUUGGAAGCACAUCAGACAUUGGCUAUUACUAUGAAUCGUAUUGGAGGAAAAAGUAACACCGGCGAAGGUGGUGAAAAUUCAGAAAGAUAUUUAGAGAAAGAUUCAACCAACAGCAGGAGGUCAGCCAUCAAACAAAUUGCAUCAGGUCGCUUUGGGGUAACUGCUGCAUAUCUUGCCAAUGCGGAUGAUCUCCAAAUCAAGAUGGCUCAAGGUGCUAAGCCUGGAGAAGGUGGGGAACUUCCCGGUUAUAAAGUCACCAAAGAAAUAGCAAAAACACGACACUCUGUGCCAGGUGUUGGCCUUAUUUCACCUCCACCUCAUCACGAUAUUUAUUCGAUUGAAGACUUAGCGGAGCUUAUAUAUGACUUGAAAUGCUCUAAUCCCAAAGCCAGGAUUAGUGUGAAGCUGGUUUCUGAAGUUGGAGUCGGAGUUGUUGCCUCUGGAGUAGCAAAGGGGAAAGCGGAACAUAUAGUUAUAUCUGGUCAUGACGGCGGGACUGGGGCAAGUUCAUGGACUGGCAUUAAACACGCUGGUCUUCCGUGGGAACUUGGUGUUGCAGAAACGCAUCAAGUUCUUGUUCUUAACAAUCUACGCUCAAGGGUAAUAAUUCAAGCUGAUGGCCAAUUGCGUACAGGUUUCGACGUUGUUGUGGCCGCUUUACUAGGUGCUGAUGAAUUUGGUUUUAGCACAGCCCCGUUAAUUGUCAUGGGAUGUACCAUGAUGAGAAAAUGCCAUUUAAACACUUGUCCAGUGGGAAUCGCCACACAAGAUCCUGUACUGCGCCAAAAGUUUACAGGAAAACCAGAGCAUGUUGUGAACUUUUUCUUCAUGUUGGCAGAAGACAUUCGUAAUAUCAUGGCGGAAUUGGGGAUUCGUCGAUUUCAAGAUUUAAUCGGACGAACAGAUUUACUUCAAGUAUCUAGAAAAGGAAGCAGCAAAUCGAACUCUUUAAACUUCUCUCUGCUGUUAAAAAAUGCUUUGGAGUUAAGGCCUGGUACAAAUAUUGUAGGAGGCUCCAUACCUCAGGAUUUCCAGUUGGAAAAGCGUGCUGACUACAAACUUAUUCAAAUGGCUCAGAAUGUUUUAGAUGGCGUUGAGGAUAAUACAACAAUUAAAUUGCUUAUAAAUAAUGAAGAGCGUGCCUUCGGAUCAACGUUAAGUUAUCACAUAGCUUGCAAAUAUGGUGAGAACGGUCUACCUCGUGAGAAAAGCAUUGAUAUAUUUUUGGAAGGUUCAGCCGGCCAAAGUUUCUGCGCAUUUUUGUCUAGUGGCGUAAACGUUACAUUAAAAGGAGAUGCUAAUGAUUAUGUUGGUAAAGGUCUAUGUGGGGGCAGUGUCGUUAUUAUGCCCCCUGAUAAUUCCACUUUUGAGUCUCACUUAAACGUGAUAGUGGGGAACGUUUGUCUAUAUGGUGCAACUAAAGGCACUGCUUACUUCAGAGGAAUAGCAGCUGAACGAUUUUGCGUAAGGAAUUCAGGCGCUACUGCGGUUGUAGAGGGCGUUGGUGACCAUGGAUGUGAGUACAUGACGGGAGGUAUUGUUGUAAUUCUUGGUUUAACGGGUCGGAAUUUCGCUGCGGGGAUGUCUGGCGGCAUAGCGUACAUAUACGAUACUGAUGGGUCCUUCAAAAAUAAAGUUAAUCUUGAAUCCGUUUCUCUGUUCCCGUUGGAGCACGAGUCGGAUGUACAAUUAGUAAAGAGUUUACUAAAUGAUUUUGUAAGGAAGACUAAUUCUCAAAUCGCUAAAGAAGUGUGCUUGAAUUGGAAUGAGAGCCAGCCUAAAUUUGUAAAGGUUUUUCCAUAUGAAUAUCAAAAGGUAUUAAAAAAUUUGGAAAUAAAACAGGGAUACUCUGAAGAAAGUGAAAGCGUGAAUGAAAUUAUAAAAGUAAAGGAAAAACAAAAAGAACCAGCCAUUAAAGAUAUUGAAGAAACUUUAAAGAAUAAUUCUUCAGAGCAGCCAUUGGAUAAGAUUCGAGGUUUUAUUAAGUAUAAAAGAGAUUUAAAUAUAUAUCGUAAGGCUAGUGAAAGACAAGAAGACUGGGAUGAAGUUUAUAAUUUUCAAUAUAUUCGCAAACAUUUGAAAACACAAGCAGCUCGCUGUAUGGAAUGUGGAGUACCGUUUUGUCAGUCAAAUACACAUGGAUGUCCUUUGGGUAACAUCAUUCCUAAGUGGAAUGAUCUGGUUUUUAAUAACGACUGGCAAGAGGCUUUGCGACAACUUUUACAAACGAAUAACUUUCCAGAGUUUACUGGUAGGGUUUGUCCAGCACCUUGCGAAGGGGCAUGUGUUCUAGGCAUAUCGGAACUGCCAGUUACAAUCAAAAACAUUGAAUGUGCAAUUAUUGAUCAUGCAUUUGAACAGGGGUGGAUGAAGCCGGAAAUACCAAAGUUACGCACUGGAAAACGAGUGGCUAUUGUUGGCUCUGGACCUUCUGGUCUAGCGGCUGCAAGUCAGUUGAAUCGAGCAGGCCAUUUCGUUACGGUGUUUGAACGCAAUGAUAGACCUGGUGGCUUAUUGCAAUAUGGCAUCCCAACUAUGAAAUUAUCAAAAGCUGUUGUUAAGCGUCGAAUUGCUCUUAUGGCUGAUGAAGGAAUAGAGUUUCGCAUAAACGCUUAUGUCGGAAGAGAUAUAAAAGCAUCGGGGUUACUGGAACAGUAUGAUGCAUUACUACUAACCACUGGAUCCACCUCGCCACGUGAUUUAAAUUUAAACAACAGAGAUUUAAAUGGUAUACACUUUGCCAUGGAGUUUCUGGAAUCUCAACAGAAAAAGCAACUUGGUGGCAAGAAUGACAUCAUAUGCGCUAAAGACAAGCAUGUAAUCAUAAUUGGUGGUGGAGAUACUGGUUGCGAUUGCAUGGCCACAGCUUUGCGGCAAGGUGCAAAAAGUAUUACCACCUUCGAAAUAUUGCCCGAGCCUCCUAAGAAUCGUGGCAAUGACAACCCAUGGCCCCAAUGGCCUAAAGUGUUCAGAGUUGACUAUGGGCAUGAAGAAGUUCGAGUAAAAUUUGGCAAUGAUCCUCGCCAAUACUGCACAACAACAAAAGAAUUAAUAGAAGAAAAUGGUACCGUAACAGCAUUAAAGACAAUUCAAGUAGAAUGGAAUAAACAACCAAAUGGACAAUGGUCUAUGUCGGAAGUAAAAGGCAGUGAAAAAUACUACCCCGCUGAUUUAGUUUUGUUGGCAAUGGGAUUUUUGGGUCCGGAAAAAUCGUUACCGACUGAAAUCGGUCUUGAACUUGAUGCUCGUGGAAACAUUAAGUCCACCAAUGGCUCUUUCGGGACAUCAAACCCAAAAGUAUUUGCCGCUGGAGAUUGCCGUAGAGGCCAGUCACUGGUUGUUUGGGCUAUUACGGAAGGGCGACAGGCCGCACGCCAGAUCGAUACCUAUCUCAUGAAUGUUCCUAGCAGCUUACCAGGUCCUGGUGGAAUUAUAGACAUCACAAGAAACGUUUAAGAAAUCCAUCAUACUGCUGAACUUUUAGAUGAGCAAAAUUAACUUGAUGCUUAACGUUAGUGUAUUCAGCAAAAUGGGAAGAACAUGAAUAAUUAAUACAAAAUGAUUUCGUCUGUUUACCAAGUUACUAAUAAUUUGAAAAUAAACCAAAACGUUACAGCUUUACUUUUA